AUGGGAAAUUACAAGUCCCGGCCGACUCAGACGUGCACAGACGAGUGGAAGAAGAAGGUGAGCGAGUCCUAUUCUGUGAUCAUCGACAAGCUGGAGGACGACCUGCGUGUCAAAGAGGAGGCGCUGCCGGAUCUCAAACAUGCUUUCUGCUCCGAUGAGGCUUUUCAGAAGGUGAACGUGAGCUACCGUACUGAGGGCGGGCUGUCCCUUCUUCAUCUCUGCUGCAUAUGUGGAGGGAACAAGUCUCACAUCCGAGCGCUGAUACUGAAAGGCCUGCGUCCGUCCAGACUGACCAGGAACGGAUUCACCGCCCUUCAUCUGGCUGCCUACAAGGACAACGCUGAGCUGGUCACCGCACUUCUACAUGGAGGGUCGGACGUGCAGCAGCUGGGCUUCGGCGCUCUCACCGCCCUGCACAUCGCCACCAUGGCCGGACACCACGAGGCAGUGGAUAUACUGCUGCAGCACGGCGCUUACGUCAACAUCAAGGAUGCCGUGUUCUUCUCACCGUUGCAUAUCGCUGCAUACUACGGCCACGGACAGGUGGCGAAGCUGUUGCUAAAGUUUGGGGCGGAUGUGAAUGUGAGCGGGGAGGUAGGGGACCGGCCGCUACACCUGGCUGCUGCCAAAGGCUUCCUGGGCAUAAUCAAACUGCUGAUGGCGGAGGGAAGCAAGGCAGACGUGAAUGCCCAGGACAAUGAGGACCACGUACCGCUGCAUUUCUGUGCACGCUUUGGUCACCACGAGAUAGUGCGGUUCCUAAUGCGAAGCAACUUUGACGUUCACCCUCACUCUGUCAACAUCUAUGGAGACACACCACUACACUUGGCCUGCUACAAUGGCAAGUUCGAGGUUGUGAAGGAGAUUAUCCAGCUUUCUGGCACAGACAGUGUGUCGAAGGAGAACAUAUUCAGUGAAACGGCAUUUCACAGUGCGUGCACCUUCGGUAAAAACCUGGAGAUGGUUAAGUUCUUGUUGAACCAGAAUUCCAUGAGCAUCAACCAUCAAGGCAGAGACGGACACACAGCUUUGCACAGUGCCUGUUUCCACGGCCACAUACGUGUGGUGCAGUUCCUGCUGGACAGCGGGGCAGAUAUGAACCUGGUCGCCUGCGAUCCCAGCAGGUCGAGUGGAGAGAAGGACGAGCAGACCUGCCUGAUGUGGGCCUAUGAGAAAGGUCAUGACGCCAUCGUCACCUUGUUAAAGCACUACAAACGUCCUGACGACUCUCCCUGCAACGAGUACUCCCAACCAGGAGGGGAUGGGUCCUACGUUUCUGUACCUUCUCCCCUGGGGAAAAUCAAAAGCAUGACUAAAGAGAAAGUCGACGUUCUUCUGCUCAGGGCAAGCCUGCCGUCCCACUUCCACCUACAGCUGUCUGAGCUGGAGUUCAAUGAGAUCAUCGGAUCAGGCUCCUUCGGAAAGGUCUACCGAGGGAAAUGUCGCAACAAAAUCGUCGCCAUAAAACGCUAUCGAGCCAACACCUAUUGCUCCAAGUCGGACGUGGACAUGUUCUGCAGGGAGGUCUCCAUCCUCUGCCAGCUCGACCACCCCUGCGUCAUCCAGUUUGUCGGGGCGUGUCUGGACGACCCCAGCCAGUUUGCCAUCGUCACCCAGUACAUCUCCGGAGGCUCUCUGUUCUCGCUGUUGCACGAGCAAAAGAGGCUCAUCGACCUGCAGUCCAAGCUCAUCAUUGCCAUCGACGUGGCCAAGGGCAUGGAGUACCUGCACAACCUCAAGCAGCCCAUAAUCCACAGGGACCUCAACAGUCACAAUAUUCUGCUGUAUGAGGAUGGGCACGCGGUGGUUGCUGACUUUGGAGAACCUGCGCUGGAUGGCCCCUGAGGUGUUCACUCAGUGCACGCGCUACACCGUCAAGGCGGACAUGUUCAGCUACGCCCUCUGCCUGUGGGAGCUGCUCACAGGGGAGAUCCCCUUUGCUCAUUUAAAACCCGCGGCUGCAGCAGCAGACAUGGCUUACCAUCACAUCCGACCCCCUGUUGGCUACUCCAUCCCCAAACCCAUCUCCGCUCUUCUGAUGAGGGGCUGGAACGCCUGCC